AUUGACAUGAAAAUUACAAUAUUUAUUCAGCGUGGGUAUCAGAUAUAUUCAUUUAAAUCGAUUCAAUGUUUUGUCAACUCUUUCGCUUGAAACACUGCCUUUAAGUGGCAAGGACUUGCUUGACAAAGAUGCCGGUUUAAGAAACUGACCAAAAUGUCCCGUGUCUUAAUCUGGAUAAGCGUGGAUAUUGUAGACAAGGUGUUCAAGGCUGUUUAUGAGAGGUUUUAACCAUGAAUUCACAACGAAAUGUGUAAGUUUUUUAUCACUGUGUCACAUACACAAUCAUGAAGACGAAAUUUUUUGUAACGUUACGAGCAUGGACGUUUCUGGUCAGCGUUUCACUGAGUUUUACCAUCGGAGUUUGGUGGUGUCGCUAUAUUCUCCCUUCACCAACAACUCUGAGCAGCAGAAUUUGCGAGCAACUUCGAAGCAUCAAAAAGCCUACGAAACCACAACAUAUGAAAGAUGAACUCGGUGCAAGAGAUCUUUUAUUUAUCGGUGUUAUUACAUCACAGAAAUUCCUAACAACUCGCGCAAAAGGAGUAUUCGACACUUGGGGAAAUAAUCUACCGGGAAAGUUGGUAUUUUUCGCCGGCAAGGGGCACAAAACCCCCAAGGUAGACUUUCCGGUCGUGUAUCUUACCGUACCGGAUAAUGUGCACCCGCCGCAGCGAAAAUCUUUAGCGAUGCUAAAAUAUAUUCACGAUAAUUUCAUCGAGAGAUUCAAAUGGUUUAUUCGCGCGGACGACGAUGUUUAUAUAAGAACAGGAAAGCUUGUGGCGUACUUGAGCAAAAUAGACAGUUCUGAAGCGUUGUUACUCGGGCAGGCUGGUCAGGGAAAGAGACACGAGAGAGGGAAACUGGGCCUUAGAGAGGGAGAUAAUUUCUGCAUAGGUGGCCCAAGUAUUAUCAUGUCUCGAAGAGUAUUGGAAAUGGUCAAUCCUCAUUUGGAAUACUGUUCAAACAACACCGCUACGGCUCAUGAGGAUACAGAAGUCGGGAGAUGUUUGCGAAAUUUUGCUGGAGUCAUGUGUCCUUGGGCAUAUCAGGGGCGGGAGUUAUUUCACCACACGUACACCAAUCAAGACAAAGCCUACCACGGUGACCUCAAUACACCUGAAAUGUCUAGCGCAAUCACGCUGCAUCCAAUCAAGGACCCAGCCUACAUGAGACGUCUUCACGUCCAUUACGUCACGAUUGCAUCACAACAACUAUACCACAAGGCUUGGCUGCUGAAUCAUCGACUUGAAAACUCCCGCCAGGCCGUCACGAAGAAGGAAGCAAACUCCUCAAAAGUUAUUUCACCAAAAAGAACGAACUUUUUCGGUGCGAUGUAUCAAAAUAGCACCCUCCCUUGGGAACAAUUCAACACAAAGAAAGUUUUCUCUGCCAGUGAAAAAGCUCCGUUGCGCUGGAUCCAUGAUUCUUUGCGAGACGCACUACUUAAAGUGGUCCGUAAAGGGAAAAAACUGGUUCAAGAUGGAGACGAGAUGAUUGGUAGUCAUGCAAUUCGCUUUGGUAAAGACAUCAUAGGGUAUACGCGUUAUCAUCCCGUACUGGGCCUGCAGUCAAUAAUUCGCUUGAACAGCGUCAAACUUAUUCAACAUUUUGCGCGGGAAAAACAAAGACGGUUCAUCAGCAAAAACUUGUUCCAAUUCCAACAGCCUUAUACGCCGCUACAUUUCCGCACAAUUUCACAUCAUGCCACGGAAACCGUACAUUUUGUCGUCCCGCUUGCCGGAAGGUUGAACAAUUUUCGCCGCUUUCUUUCUAGUUUCGAAAACGCCUUUCUCCGUCGCGACAAAAAGGUCAAAUUAUUAGUGGUGUAUUUUCCGAAGCUCAAAGAUCCCCAAAAGCACCAGCAGAUCAUGAGCAUGUACAAAAAGAAAUAUCCGCAUGAUGUGUUUCACUGGCUCAAUCUGGACGCGACUGUGUUUCAACGAGGACUGGCCCUAAACAAGGGUUCAGAGUAUUUUGGCAAAGGGGCACUUCUGUCAUUUUCAGAUGUUGAUUUAGUUUUUGACACGGAUUACUUAUAUCGCUGUCGGAUAAACACAAUUCCAGGGAGACAAAUCUACUUUCCUAUAAUGUUUAGUAAAUUUCAUCCAAACAUUACAAGAGCGAGGAAAACGAAGGAGGGAAACGUUUUCACGUUCAAAAAGGACGCAGGUCUGUGGCGCAUUUUUAGUUACGGACCAGUGUGUAUCUUUAGUGAUGACGUCACUACUGUCCGCGGAUUCAAUACGACGAUAAGAGGUUGGGGACUAGAGGACGUUGAGUUUUUUGAAAAGUUUGUUAGAGGUGGAAGGUUUGAGGUGUUCAGAGCGCCCGACCGCGGGUUAGUGCACGUGUUUCAUAAGCAUGCGCCUUGCUCCCCGAGGUCGACAUUUAAACAACAGAAGAUGUGUCGUGAUGCUACAGCGGCGUAUCUCAGUUCAGCUUCGUCCGCGCUGGAUGAACUUUUUAGAAAACAGAUCUUGAAAUACAACGAUUACUUUUAGCAUUCUUAUUGA